CCCUGGGCACCGAGCCACUCCGCUUCCCCGCCGCCAAGCACCGCGCCUAGGAGACCAGGCUAGGGCCGGGGUCAGAGCGCCUCUGACCCAGCGGCACCCAUGUCUCUCUCAUGGCUCGCAGGACUUGGCGCUGGAAUGGUCUUUCUGCACUUUGUGCAAAAACUCGUCUUCCCUUACUUCUGGGAAGACUUCUGUUACCUGCUGAAGGUGGUUCGCUAUGGGAUUCGACUGCAAGUGUACAGCUACAAAGGGGAGCUGUUUACCGUCUUGGAUAAAUUCCUGAGCCACGCCAAGAAGCAACCCCAGAAACCGUUUAUCAUCUACGAGGGAGACAUCUACACCUAUCAGGACGUGGACAAAAGAAGUAGCAGGGUGGCUCACGCCUUGCUUAACCAUUCCACGCUGAAAAAGGGGGACACGGUGGCCCUACUGAUGAGUAAUGAACCCGACUUCCUCCAUGUGUGGUUCGGCUUGGCGAAGCUGGGCUGCGUGGUGGCCUUCCUCAACUCCAACAUUCGCUCCAACUCUCUGCUGCAUUGCAUACGCUGCUGUGAGCCCAGGGCCGUCGUUGUGGGCGCAGAUCUGCUUGGAACUAUAGAGGAAAUCCUUCCAGACAUCCCAGAAGGAAUCAGUGUCUGGGCAAUGAAAGAUUUGGUCCCGAAAGGAGUAAUUUCACUCAAAGAAAAACUGAGCACUGCAUCUGACAAGCCCGUACCACGCAGCCACCAUGUGACUUCAAGCCUCAAGUCCCCUUGCCUGUACAUCUUUACCUCAGGAACCACGGGUCUACCAAAAGCAGCUGUAAUUACUCAGCUGCAGGUUUUAAAAGGCUCUGCUGGACUAUGGGCUUUUGGUUGCUCUCCCGAUGAUAUCAUUUAUAUAACUUUGCCUUUGUAUCACAGUUCAGGUUCUCUUCUGGGAAUUGGUGGAUGUAUUGAAUUAGGAGCUACUUGUGUGUUAAAGAAGAAGUUUUCAGCAAGCCAAUUUUGGAAUGAUUGCAAGAAGUAUAAUGUGACCGUGUUUCAGUAUAUUGGAGAACUCUGCCGCUACCUUUGCAAACAACCUAAGAGAGAAGGAGAAAAGGAUCACAAGGUACGUUUGGCAGUUGGAAAUGGUGUGCGGAGAGAUGUAUGGAAAGAAUUCUUAGACAGAUUUGGAAAUAUCAAGAUGUGUGAAUUUUAUGGAGCUACUGAAGGAAACAUUUGUUUCAUGAAUCACACUGGAACAAUUGGAUCCGUUGGGAGAACCAAUUUCUUUUAUAAACUAUUUUUCAAUUUUGACUUAAUAAAAUAUGACUUUAAGAAAGAUGAACCCAUUCGGAAUGCUGAGGGCUGGUGUAGCCGCGUGAAGAAAGGAGAACCAGGACUUCUCAUUUCUAGAGUUAAUGCCAAGAAUCCCUUCUUUGGUUAUGCUGGGAAUAAGAAGCAUACAGAAAAGAAGUUGCUUUGUGAUGUGUUCAAGAAGGGAGAUGUUUACUUUAACACAGGAGAUUUAAUGGUUGAAGAUCAGAGUUUCCUCUAUUUUUGGGACCGUAUAGGUGAUACUUUCAGAUGGAAAGGGGAGAAUGUUGCAACCACAGAGGUCGCUGAUGUUAUUGGCAACUUGGAUUUUAUAGAGGAAACUAAUGUCUAUGGAGUGGCAGUGCCAGAUUAUGAAGGAAAAGCAGGAAUGGCUUCUAUUAUCUUAAAACCAAAUAAGUCAUUAGACUUGGAGAAACUUUAUGAACAGGUUGUGACUUUCCUGCCAGCGUAUGCCUGCCCUCGAUUUUUAAGAAUUCAGGAAAAGAUGGAAAUGACAGGGACAUUCAAACUGCAGAAAUUUAACGUGGUGGAAGAAGGAUUUAACCCACUGAAGAUUUCUGAUCCACUUUACUUUAUGGAUAACUUGAAAAAAUCUUAUGUUCCAUUGACUAAAGAACUUUAUGAUCAAAUAAUAAUUGGGGAGAUGAAACUUUAAGAUUUUUUAAUAUGUGGGAUUUUUGUAAGUCUUUCUUAGGAGGUGUGAGAGUGUAAUUUCUUGUGUGUUGAUUUUCCCAUAUUUUUCAAUAGCUUUUCUUUACACAAAAACUUAUAUUUGUUUGAAUUAAUAACAGCAUUUAGUUGAGUAUUUUUUAAUUCUUGAAAAUUCAAUGAACAACUAAAUAUUUGCCUUAGUCUUAAGGAUUUUA